UGUUGCAUGGACAUGCUUUAUGUCAACGUUAGCUGCCCGGACACAGACCAGUGUGCUUCAGGCUGCUACUGGCACUGGAACGUGGAUGGGAGCCGCAGCUGCCUUCAGUGCAGAAACGAGACCUUUCCCAUCGCCGGGGCUUACGUGACGGAGUGCAGAAGCAUUGGCACCAAAGACAUUAACUACACGUCCUACAGGACAACGGUGACGCCCUUUCUGCAGACCCUGGGGGGCCCCCAGGUGGCCAUCUCCCUCUUCUUGGGCACGUUCUUCAUUAGCUCCUGCCUCAUCCUCUCCAUCGCUUUGUUCUUCUACUUCAAACGGUCCAGUAAGCUCCCCCAUUUCUUCUACAGAAGAAACAAAGCCUCUGUCUUACAGCCUGGAGAAACCGCUGCCAUGAUACCACCUCCGAAUUCUUCAGUCCGGAAGCCACGCUACGUCAGGCGGGAUCGCUCGCUGACGAGACCCUCCACACCCCCCAUGAUCUCCUCGGUCCAGACUCGGGUCAGCAAUGUUUAACGGCAGCGCUUGCCCGAGGACGUGCUCCAUGAACAAUUCAGAGACUUGUCCGCGCCCACCGAGGGGCCAGGAAAGAACAUCCGAGGCUGCCGCAAGCCUCGCUCCCGUGUCCAACGGGCCUGUGCCAAAUUGAGCACAAAGAGCCAGCAGGAAGCGGAGGUGGCGGCCGAGCGAGAAGGAGCCCCGCGCCCGGGAAGGCCAGCGCCUUUGAAAUCCUCCUCUUAUCUGGCUUUUAGAUCCGUCUCUUAGCAACGGGGACUGGCCUGAAAAGUCAUUUCCUCCCUCUCCAGCCCUUCCAUCUUGCCCGGAGCAGGGUGCCAUCAGCGCCCUGUUCUGCACUUCCCCUUGCGGGACCCAUCCGCCUGCCUCCCAGAAAGGGUUUGUUCCUGCACCUCCUCUUCCUGGGGGAGGAAGCCAAGAGGACGCAGGUGAGGUCCCCGGAGCCAUACCUGGCCGCCUCCUCGUUCGCUCCCUGUCCGUCCACGAGCCGGCCGCUUGGGAAGGGGCCUCUCCAGGUCCCCAGUGUGCACACACCCAAGAUCUUUCCCUUUUGCAGGGCUUUUGGCAUCUUCUCUGUGUAGAUGCCCCAUCAGCCCCACUCAGCCUGUUCUUGUUACACAGAACGGGCCUUGCAUUUCCUGCUCCCCUAAGCUAAGGAAAUUGGGGUCCGCUGGCCCUUUGGUAAAGGUUUCCCCACUGCCCCCCUUGUCCUGCUUCUGUCAGGCCACUGUCUGGCUUCUUUCGAGGUGGGCCUUCUAUUCCCUGAAACAAAAGGGGACCUCCAGGCUCACAGAGCAUUCACUCUGCUGCCUGGGCCACAGAUGGUGUCCUGUUUGCAAAAAUAACUGCAUUCCACUUUGGUCCCGGAUGAGGCCACCUAGAAACCGCCUCAUCUCCAUCAGCUGCCAGCCAGGGCUCAGGCUUGUUGGCUUUUUAGGAGAAUGAACAAGCCAGACCAAGUGCCCCUCUUUUAUUUAAUUUAGGCUUACGAUGCAUAUUUUACAAGACGGGGUGAUCACUGACUCAGUCCUACCCCCAUCCUAGCUGGGACCUGGUCAGGCAGCUGCAUCUGGGCCACAAAGAAAAGUCAAGGGAACAGGGAGCUGAGAAGAAAGGCUCCAUCCACUAAGCCUCAGAUCAAACGGCAUUGUGGGCCCAGAAUUGAUUUUAAUGAGUUGCUGUGCCAGGGAGUCCCUUAGGAAAGAGCAGCCAGCAGCCCCCCCUGGCCAGGUGGGAAGAAGAGGGGUGAACGGCCAGAGUUCCCGAGAGUCCCGGAGGGAAAGGCAGGCUUCUGCCCUCACCCCGGGGCAGGCGAGCCAGCCAUGUAGGCACCCCGCAGUUCACAGAAUAGAUGUCUUAGCAACUUAGUUAGGUCUAGGAUGGUUUUUGUAGAAGCUUCUGAUGCCCGUGUUUUCCUCGAGUGACUCCUGUAAGUGGGGGCUGUGCUCCCCGCGGGGUGAGGGUGCUAACAGAACCUGGGGCAAGCAGAGGCAAAGGAGCAGCUGUCCCACUCUCGGUACCUCUCCUUUUUGCUCCUCCCCCUUUAGAAUGGCUGAUGGAAAGGAUCCCAGAGCAUGAGGUCAAGGGCAGAAAAGCUACUUUGGACCUCUCGCCCCUUCAUUUUAGAAGGUCACGGAGGCCCAGGGGCCCUGGUGGAGCCCAUAAGCAGCGGCGUUAAGACAAGCUGUGAUGGGUCACCCAACUUGAAAAUUCUUCAACCCCCCAAAAUUAAAGUACUAUCUAGGGAACCCCCCAAACCAAGUUCAGGAAUGUUGAAUCCCGUUGAGCAAGAGAUCCAGCUCAGAGGAGACCUGGAGACCCUUGUCCAGGGAGUGAGCCUGGGCAACAGGAUGAUAAGUGACUUUGGGCCCAUGAGGCAGGUGAGAAUCCCUCCCCGACACUGCCCCCGGGGCAUCACCCCUCUGGGGGCUGGGGCAGGAAAAGCUGCCUGCUGCCUGCCUAUGGACGGCGUCAGUGCCUCCACCCCAGCAGCGUUCCUGGGGCCUGGCGCCAGGGCCUGCCUGGCAGAUCAGAGGGAGGGAAGGUGCCCGUGUUGUAAGGCGAUGCCAAGGCUUUCCUUCCUCCCGCUCUCUGCCCCCAGCCGUCCAGCACCCGGGCACUUCCCGAGCCUCCUGCCCCAUCCCUUUGCACUGUGAUGCUCACCAUGUUUUGUAUCUUUUUUUACUGCCAACUUUAAUAAACGCUCAUGUACCGAGA